CCUUUCUAUCCGUGACCAGACAGGUCGUGCGAGCGCGGUCUGGUCAGGUUUACGUCUGAUGCGUGAAAAGUAGUAGGAAGGACACGAGAUGUCGUUAUCAACAGCACGGCCGCUUAUCACGGUGUACACUGACAAGAAUGAGACGUCGGGCGACACGCUUUCCCUGCCGUCUGUCUUCAAGGCACCGAUCCGGCCAGAUAUCGUGAACGUCGUUCACCAGCUGAUUUCUACCAACAGCAGACAGCCGUACUGCGUCUCUAAAGAAGCUGGUCAUCAAACCUCCGCGGAAUCAUGGGGUACCGGACGCGCCGUCGCCCGUAUUCCCCGCGUACGCGGUGGUGGCACCCACCGUUCCGGUCAGGGUGCCUUCGGUAACAUGUGCCGAGGCGGGCGCAUGUUCGCCCCAACCAAGCCGUGGCGACGCUGGCACCAUCGCGUCAACGUCAAUCAGAAACGCUACGCCCUCGUCUCCGCGAUCGCCGCCUCCGGUGUCCCUGCGCUCGUGCAAUCCAAAGGACACAUGAUCCAGGAGGUCUCGGAAUUUCCGCUGGUCGUUACCGACAAGAUCCAAGAAUACACGAAAACCAAGCAAGCCGUCAUCUUCUUGAGACGCAUCAAGGCCUGGAAUGAUAUCGAAAAGGUGUACAAAUCUCAACGUUUCCGCGCUGGUAAAGGUAAAAUGCGUAAUCGCCGACGCAUUCAGCGACGUGGGCCCUUGAUUGUAUACGGUCAAGAUCAGGGUAUUCGUAAAGCAUUCCGCAAUAUCCCUGGCGUCUCUCUGAUGAACAUCAACAAGAUGAAUCUGCUGAAAUUGGCGCCUGGUGGCCAUGUCGGGCGCUUCGUAAUCUGGACCAAGUCCGCUUUCGAACAAUUGGACGCCCUUUACGGAACCUGGCGUAAAGAGUCGCAGCUCAAAAAAGGAUACAACUUGCCGUUCCCCAAAAUGGCGAAUACGGAUCUGUCCAGACUGCUGAAGUCUGAGGAAAUCCGUAAAGUCUUGAGAGCGCCUAGGAAGAAGGUGGUGCGUAGAGUGAAGAAACUGAACCCGUUGACCAACACGCGGGCCAUGCUGCGUCUCAAUCCGUAUGCCGCAGUUCUGAAACGAGCCGCCAUCCUGACCGCGCAGAAGCGUAAGCGCGAAAGGAAUCUUCUUGUCGCUGAAAAACGAGGCAUAAAAUUGUCGAAGAAAUCGCGGACGUCCAAGACUGUGGCGCUCUUGGCAAGGAGGAAAGAGCAACUAACUGCAUACAAAACGACCGUGAAGAAGGCUCCGAAAGCUAAAACUGAGAAAGAUACCACGAAGACCGCUGCCCCUGCCAAGCAGCCAACUAAAAAGUGAACAACAUGCGUUGUUAACACCAACACUGUUGUAAACUCAUAAUUUUUAUCAUGGCUUUAAAUAAAAGGCAGAAAAUUACAACUGUGA